UCCGGUGUCCGCCGUGGAACCGGACGGUCGGUGUAAACUGGGGUAAAUGUCGAGGAGUUUGUGCGGAGUCACGGUGCUGUCCGCCCCGGAGGGUUCAUCCACACACACGCAGGGUUUCUGUCCGAGCUGCCCGGGUUUCAGGACGCACACAUGGGGGAAAAGUCCGCGGAGGCACCGGAGGGGGUCCGGUACUACCGACUGAGCGAGAUAGAAGAGCAGAACACCUUCAGGUCCACCUGGAUCAUCAUCAACCACAAGGUCUAUGACGUCACCAAGUUCCUGGAGGAGCAUCCUGGAGGGGAGGAGGUGCUGAGGGAGCAGGCGGGCGGAGACGCCACUGAGAGCUUCGAGGACGUGGGACAUUCGACCGACGCCAGGGAGAUGGCCAGCGGCAUGGUGAUCGGAGAGCUGCAUCCGGACGACAGAGAAAAGAUCGCCAAACCUGUGGAAUCGAAUGUGACCACGUUGGAGGACGACAGCAGUUGGUGGUCUAACUGGGUCAUCCCCCUCCUCGUGGCCGCCAUCAUCACCCUCUUGUACCGCAUGUACACCACGGACACCGACUGACAUCGGCGGCCUCCAAUGAUGACAUCACCCGCCACCUUUUGAGCGACAGCCGCAGCAGCCAAUAGCAGACGACCUGUGUGGCGACGGACCAAAGGCUGCGACGGACUGAAAACUCAGACCACUAUGUAACCGACCAAUCACAUCACAUUUAAUGAAGCCAUUUAUACAGAAUGUAUUGUGAAUUAUUGUGCGUUAAUGCUGUUUUCUAUCAUCUGUACCAGUGGAUGUAAACAUUAUGAAUGUAAAUGCUUGUAAUUAUGCAGAAGACGAAACACUGUUUUCCACGUGUACGUCUGUUUUUUCUGAAUCUGAAUGAAUCACCACGAAGCCUUAAGGAGAUUGAACUGAUUUAGGACAGUUUUUCGAACGAUGGAAGGAACUGGACCAGUCUGAUCAGAAUAAACGGGAACGUGAUUUAAACCA